CUUACCGCGCGCGUCUCCAGCUCGGGCGUGGUGGUCCCGACCGUACCCGGAGUCGCAGGGAGUCGCCGCUGGAGAGGGGCUCGGCGCCCAGCGGGGACUGCAGGCGAUGACUCAGGAUGCAGCCAGGGGCCACGACGUGCACGGAGGACCGCAUCCAGCACGCCCUGGAGCGCUGCUUGCACGGGCUCAGCCUCAGCCGCCGCUCCACCUCCUGGUCAGCUGGGCUGUGUCUCAACUGCUGGAGCCUGCAGGAGCUGGUGAGCAGGGAUCCAGGCCACUUCCUUAUCCUCCUGGAGCAGAUCCUGCAGAAAACCCACGAGGUCCAAGAGAAGGGCACCUAUGACCUCCUCGCCCCCCUGGCCCUGCUCUUCUCCUCCACUGUCCUCUGUACUCCACACUUCCCACCAGACUCAGAUCUCCUUCUGAAAGCAGCCAAAACCUACCACCGAUUCCUGACCUGGCCCGUUCCUUACUGUAGCAUCUGCCAGGAACUGCUCACCUUCAUCGAUGCUGAACUGAAGGCCCCAGGAAUCUCCUACCAGCGACUGGUGAGGGCCGAGCAGGGCCUGUCCACUAGGAGUCAUCGCAGCUCCACUGUCACCGUACUGUUGCUGAACCCGGUGGAGGUGCAGGCCGAGUUCCUCACCGUGGCCGACAAGCUGAGCACGCCUGGGCACUCCCCGCACAGCGCCUACACCACCCUCCUCCUGCACGCCUUCCAGGCCACCUUUGGGGCCCACUGCGACCUCCCAGGUCUGCACUGCCAGCUGCAGUCCAAGACCCUGGCAGAGCUCGAGGACAUCUUCACGGAGACGGCAGAAGCACAGGAACUGGCAUCUGGCAUCGGGGAUGCAGCUGAGGCCCGGCAGUGGCUCAGGACCAAGCUGCAGGCGGUGGGGGAGAAAGCCGGCUUCCUUGCUGCCUUAGACACUGCAAAGCCUGGCAAGCUCCGUACCAUCCCCAUCCCUGUCGCCAGGUGCUACACCUACAGCUGGAACCAGGACAGCUUUGACAUCCUGCAGGAAAUCCUGCUCAAGGAACAGGAGCUGCUCCAACCAGGGAUCCUGGGGGACGAUGAGGAGGAGGACGGGGAGGACGAGGAGGACGAGGAGGACUUGGAAACCGAGGGGCCUUGUGCCGAGAGGGACUCGCUGCUCUCCGGCGGCUCGGCAGCCUUCCACGACUCCACGCUGUCGCUCGCCUCAUCCCAGGCCUCGGGACCCACCCUCUCCCGCCAGUUGCUGACCUCCUUUGUCGCGGGCCUCUCUGACGGCAUGGAUAGUGGCUACGUGGAGGACGGCGAGGAGAGCUCCUUCGAGUGGCCCAAGAGGCCUGGCAGCCAGGAGCGCCGGGGCCACCGCAGGCCCGGGCAGAAGUUCAACAGGAUCUAUAAGCUCUUCAAGAGCACCAGCCAGCUGGUGCUGCGGAGGGACUCCCGGACCCUGGAGGGCAGCCCGGACAGCGCCCCGCCCCUGCGGCGGGCCGGCAGCCUCUGCAGCCCCUGCAGCCCCCUGGAUGGCCCGGCGCUGCCCCCGUCCCGGGCCCAGCGCUCCCGCUCCCUGCCCCAGCACAAGCUCGACCCCCAGCUGCCCGGCUGGCUCCUGGCCCCCGCCUCCCGUCACCGGCGCCGCUGCCCCUUCCUGAGCGGGGACGAGGACCCCAAGGCCUCCACGCUGCGAGUCGUGGUCUUCGGCUCCGAUCGGAUCUCGGGGAAGGUGGCCCGGGCGUACAGCAAACUGCGCAGGCGGCUGGAGAGCAACCGUCCGCUCCUCACACGGUUCUUCAAGCUUCAGUUCUUCUACGUGCCCAUGAAGCGGAGCCGCGGGACCAGCACCAGCCCAGCCCCUCGGAGCCAGACGCCGCCGCUCCCCACAGACCCCCCGAGGCACCCCGGCCCUGCGGAGCUGGGUGCAGCCGCCUGGGAGGAAAGCACCAAUGACAUCUCCCACUACCUCGGCAUGCUUGACCCCUGGUACGAGCGCAACGUGCUGGGCCUCAUGCACCUGCCCCCUGAAGUCCUGUGCCAGCAGUCUCUGAAGGCUGAGUCCCGGCCCCUGGAGGGCUCUCCUGCCCAGCUGCCCAUCCUGGCGGACAUGCUGCUCUAUUACUGCCGCUUCGCUGCCCGGCCGGUGCUGCUGCAGGUCUAUCAGACCGAGCUGACCUUCAUCACCGGGGAGAAGACGACAGAGAUCUUCAUCCACUCCCUGGAGCUGGGUCACUCCGCCGCCACACGCGCCAUCAAGGCUUCGGGUCCUGGCAGCAAGCGACUGGGCAUCGAUGGUGACCGGGAGGCCAUCCCUCUAACACUACAGAUUAUUUACAGCAAGGGGGCCAUCAGUGGACGCAGUCGCUGGAGUAACAUGGAGAAGGUCUGCACCUCCGUCAACCUCAGCAAGGCCUGCCGGCAGCAGGAGGACCUAGACUGCAGCACGGAGGCCCUGACGCUAAACCUGACAGAAGUGGUGAAAAGGCAGAACCCUAAAUCCAAGAAGGGCUUCAACCAGAUUAGCAUCUCGCAGAUCAAAGUGGACAAGGUGCAGAUUAUCGGCUCUAACAGCUGCCCCUUUGCCGUGUGCCUGGACCAGGACGAGAGGAAGAUCCUGCAGAGUGUGGUCAGGUGUGAGGUCUCACCCUGCUACAAGCCGGAGAAGAGCAGCCUCUGCCCCCCACCCCAGAGGCCCUCCUACCUGCAGGCGCAGUCCGCACCCGACCUCUGCUCCCUGCUCUGUCUGCCCAUCAUGACUUUCAGUGGCGCUCUGCCCUAGCGGCCCAGCACCAGCCUGGACAGCAAGCCGGGGGGCAGCCUCCUCGGAGCCCCCUCCCUCUUGGAGGGCCUCGCUCCCCGUGGAGAACUGGACGACCCUGUGCUGGGUCAGGGUCCCGCUGUGGGCCCUGCAGCAGGCAGGGGGCAGGGGUUAGGGGGUUGAUGGCGCCUCAGGGCUCUGUUUGGGAAAGAAACAGGCAUUAGGGAGAGGGGCCUGGCCCUACAGCCCCUCAGAUUCCUCAGGUAGAAAGGAGAAGGAUGGGUGGGCUGGCCUCUGAAGGCCCUGCCCUCUGGUGUGGUCUAGGAUCCUUUCUAGAAGAAAGAUCUGAGGCUCUGGUGCUCUGGGGUGUGGUUUAGGCCUCCUCCCCCAACCCUUGGCCGGGCCCACCCCUUACUUUGUCAGGGGCUUGGGGAGCCCUUGGAGUCUGGAAUUUCAGUCCCCCUAACUCAGGGGUUCAGGUGGUAGAAACGUAGAUGCGACUUUUCUGACCUCAGUGCCGUCGCCCCCAUCCCACACUCCUCUCUGUCUCACACACGCACACACACACAUGCACGCACGCACACACACACCCGCACACACCCUUUCUCUCUCAAGUUCCCUGGAUCUUCUAAAAAACAGCACUAACACUUGACCUGUCUGCUGUCAGGACUCAGAACAGACUCUCUCUGGAGCCUCUUUCUGGAUCGAGAUCCUUGGGAGACAGGACGAGCUUAGAUUCAGUGGCGGCUCUUACCUUCUAGCUAAAUGACCAGAAGGAAGUGAAUUAGCUUCUUCAAGCCUCCCUUUCCUGAGCACUAAGAUGGGGGGAUAUAAGACCUCCUUAAAAGGCUGAGACAAAACUGUGUGCAAAGCGCCUGGCUCAGCCGCAGGCUCAUAGCAGGUGCUCAGUAAAGAUCAGCGGCCUCGCCCUUUAAGCCCUGACUCACCUGUCUGGCAGGGGGUGGGGAGGCGAUGCUCUUCAUUCCCUCCUUUCCAAUUCACUGACGAGGCAGGACCCAGACCGAGGGGGUAGGGAGCCCUCAGUUCUACCCUCUGAAGGAGGAAUUGCCUUGGCCAGGGUGAGAGGAGGGCUGCGCACGUGCCUUCGCCUCCUCCUCUCCCGGGUUGGCCCCUGUGCCCCACUUCCCGUCCCACUCCAUUGUGUGUGAAAUCUUCCAGCCCCAAAGUUCACUGGCACCACUGCGCCUGGGCAGGUUCCCAGAGGAGUAGAGGAUGGACAGCUGAGCUUGAGGAGCUUAGGGCCUGAUUGGGGGAAAACGGCUGAUACAACAUGAGAGCCAAAAUUUUUAACUGCCAGUUUGCAGUGGUUUGAGAAGCUGGAAGCUGAUGUGGGCUAGGAUGGUAGGCGGAGGGCGGGCCUGGGCCCGGGACUUGGACUCGUAGAGGUGGAGAAAGUAACCGCGGAAGCAAGACAACUGUAUUCUGCACAGAACCCCUCCAUUCCCUCCUGCUCCGGCUUCAUCUGGUCCAAAGGUUCUGGGCUUAUAGGAGCCCAUGAAACCCCAGCCCAGAGAACUCAGGACUUGAGAGAAGUGGACAGAGUGUCUCUGACCGCAUAUCGUCACCCUUCCGCUGUCAAGGCCAUCUGUCCUUGCUUCAGGCCCCAGACAGUGGUUGGCAAUAUACCUUCAAUAUUUUUUGUUGUGUGAGCUGGUUGUCCUACUAUUGACAGAUGUUCAAGAAUAAAC